AUGAAGGAACCGCCCUUCAAAUUGCAGCACGUAAUAAUUCUUCUUUUGCAUGGUGCAAAUGUCAAUGAAAAGGAAUUUUAUGGUUAUACAGCUCUUCAUUAUGCAGCAAUAAAUAAUUGUACAGAAAUAGCUGAACUUCUUAUUUCAUAUGGUGCAAAUGUCAAUGAAAAAAUUAACAAAGGAGAAACCGCUCUUGAUUUAGCAAUAGAUAAUAAUAGCAAAGAAACAGCUGAACUUCUAAUUUCAUAUGGUGCAAAAAAUAAUGAUCCUAUAUAUGAUGGAUCUUUAUGA